AUGGCGGGAGCCUCAUUGCUGUCCGUUUGGCUCUGUCGAAACCUAGGGUUUUUGUUCUGUAAAGGAGGGAGAGUUGGAGCAUUGACAGAGAUUUCGUAUUUUUAUUUGGGAUCCAAUGGAGCCCACCGCAGUCGCACGUGGUGGUCCGAUGCCGAUUCCGCCGCCGCAGCAGUCGCGGAAAGCCCCCGGCGGCAGUGGCGGAAAGAGGGGGGAGCCGUUUCAGACCACCAUUCGGUUCGAAACGUCGGGGACGAGGAAUUGGAGCGAUCAAAGAUAGGGCAAUCGGAAGAGAGAACCAUAUACGAGGUGCAGCAUGGAAGAGAGCCACUCGAUGUGGAUUUCUGCUCAAUCACAAUCGAUGGAAGCUUAGACAAUGAUCUUUUGCAGCGGAGGCUUCACGAUGUUACAAGGCAAAGAGAGGAAAUGCAACACAUGGAGAUUGAACUUCGAGCUCAGAUAAUUGCUAGAUCUGAGUUAAUUGAAAUGCAGAAUAGCUUUGAUGCUCAAAUCAAGGAGCACGCUAACACUUCUUCCAAGUUUCAGGAGCAACUGCAUGAAAGGGAUCAGACCAUACAUGAGCUUGAAAGGAAAUUGGAAGAUAAAGAUAGAGAGCUUCAUGCUAUCAAAUUAGAUAAUGAAGCGGCGUGGGCUAAAGAAGACCUUCUUAGAGAACAGAACAAAGAAUUAGCAACCUUCCGAAGAGAGCGUGAUCAUUCUGAAGCUGAAAGAGCCCAACACAUUAAAAAACUCCAUGAUCUUCAAGAACAUAUUCAGGAAAAAGAGAGACAGCUUAUAGAGUUGCAGGAACAGCAUAGGGUUGCUCAAGAAACCAUACUUUAUAAGGAUGACCGAUUAAGGGAGGCCCAAGCAUGGAUUACCCGUGUUCAGGAGAUGGAUGCCCUGCAGUCAACUACGCUGCAAGCUGAACUAAGAGAGCGUACAGAACAGUAUAAUCAGCUCUGGCUUGGUUGUCAAAGACAGUUUGCAGAGAUGGAGAGACUUCACAUGCAUACACUGCAACAGCUUCAACUCGAGCUGGCUGAGGCAAGGGAAAGGAAUGGAACUUUAAGUGAUGAAUCACGUAUAUCCCAAGAAAAUUUGAAGGAUGCAUCUCAAUAUGGUCAGAAUGAUGGAAAACAACUAGAGAUGAAUGGAGGUGGUACAUCAAGUGGAGGCACUGGGGCCCUUCAGAAUGGAAAUUCUGACAAUGGUCCAUCAUUUGCUCCAACUGGAAAUUCUGACAAUGGUCCAUCAUUUGCUCCAACUGGAAAUUCAUCAACUCAGAUUGACCACGUUGCUGGUGUUCCAAUCCCUCCAUCAUCAAUACUUGGGAUGCCUUCUUACCUUCCACCUGGACAGUUGACAGCGCUACAUCCAUUUGUCAUGCAUCAACAAGGAGUUCCCCAUUCUGUGACUCAUGUUCCCCAAUCUCAUGUUGGGAAUUUUCACUCAGUUCCUGCAAUGUCAUCCCUUCAACAGUGGCAGAACCAACAGGCUGUAACAGAGGGUGCACAAGUGUCACAAACUGAAAUUACAUCAUCCCAAGGUGAUCAAAACCUGAUAAGAUCAGAAGAAAAUUACAGCUAUGAGAUGUCUGUUAAUGGACAAGCUCUACCUGCGGAGUACUUGGAUGUUCACAUUGGUCGAGGAUCGAAUCCUGAUUCUGUGAUCUCGUCGUCUGGGGAAGCACAGGUUCUCGAGUCAAUUGAUAGAGGUUAUCUGGUUGCUUCCCAAACUGAGGAGGAAUUGAAACAAAUCUCAUCCCAGUUUCAGGAUGUAUUGAGGGUGGAGUCGAGUCAGCAGAACAAUGAAACUAAGGCAAAUGAGCAAACUGUUAUAACCUCGAUGGAUGGUGGCUUAGCGGACCAAGCUUUAAUUGCAGAACAACCUAGUUCUGCUGCCAAUACAUCACAGGCUGAUACUUCAAAUCAUCCAGUGAAUUUUGACAAAACCUCCGUUAACAAUGCUACUGAUGCAGUCUCGCCUGAAGCAUUUGUCUCUGCUGCUCAAACAAAGUCACCGACCAUGGGAAGGACUUCAGAGAUUCUUCUUCUUGAUGAAAGAUCGAUGCUAGCUUGCAUAGUUCGCACAAUUCCAGCUGGUGGUAGAAUUCGCAUAAGUUCGACUUUACCGAAUAGACUUGGAAAGAUGCUUGCACCUUUGCACUGGCAUGAUUACAAGAAAAAAUAUGGAAAGCUUGAUGACUUUGUAGCUGGCCACCCUGAAUUAUUCGUGAUUGAGGGAGAUUACAUUCAGCUUCGCGAAGGAGCACAAAAAAUGGUAGCAGCUACGGCAGCUGUUGCCAAAGUUGCUGCUGCAGCUGCUGCAUCAUCUCCUUACUCGUCAAGUUUGCCUUCUGUGGCUGUUACCCCAAUGGCACAGAACAGACAGAAAAAGCAGAAUCAGCAACAAAAUGGUGCAUAUUUUGGUGUUUCUGAAGGUCUAACAAAUGUGAAAAUUUUGAGCAAGUCAAUGGAGUCUCGUGAACUGAAUGGCCUUGAAGGUAGGCCUAGCCAGACAUCUGUACACUUGACAGUUGGGAGCGGUAACCAAAACUCAGGAUCGACUAAUGGUAGAUCUAGCUCGAACUUUGGCGCCAAGCAGCAGGGCAGGUUGACUGGUGCCUCGUUUACUUCCAGAAGAUAGAGAAGUGCGAGCGAUUCAUAGAUAAUGUUAUCACCGAACGGGCACCGGUUUGCUGAUGGAGCUGGUGGAAGAUAACAGAAUUCUUGCAACUCGUAGAUUUAUGUUAUCGGAAUUGUCUGCUGAUUUUUGAUGUUUGGUCUUAUUUUUUCUUUUUCCUUUCUAAUCUUAUUUUAUCUUCUAAGGCAACGUUAGUUUUCCAGUGUGUCUCGUCAUUUAAAGACUGCACUCUUAUUUUAAUCCGCGCUCGGGGCGAUAUUCAUCAUGCUCACAAUUGCUUCUGUGCGGUGAAUUUACAUUUAUUGAAAUGAAAGUUCCUAUCUUUGAAGCUUCAAAAA